AUGAAGGAAGGAAUUGACCUACCUCAACCUCUUUCCCCCCUUGAUGGUGAUUGUUGCUGCUUGUUGUUGCUGGUGUUGCUGUUGGUAGUGUUGAUUGGUUGGUUGUCUUCAUCACAUCUAUCUGAAAAUUCCCUAUCUUCAUCACCUGGAUGGAGUCAGUCCUGUCUUCGCUGCCAGCCAGCUAACCUCUUCAGCCAGUUUUUUGCCAGUUUUCGCCUCCCUGCAAUUCUUGUAGUUUGUGUUUGUGUGACAUUCAACGACAUGAAUCAUCCACACAUGAAAUCCAGAUCUUCUACAGUCUUGUUAUAUCGGUCACAGCAGUGUAUUCCUCCCUAUCUCCUCACGCAUUCACCCCCAACACACAGCCUCACGCAUAAUGCA